GGUCAUCAGUCAUCGCUAAGAUGUUGACUGUGGUGACAGAACUCUGAAUUACCUUCCUUGGCUAGGCCUCCAGACGUCUACCUACGCUUUUUGUUUUCUGCAUGUUCUGGACACUACUGUGCUCUAAUCUUGGGCCUAGUUUUGCUUGUUGGAUUCUGGUGUUGGUGAAGAACUGUGAGCUGAGUGAGAAGGCAAAAUGAAAGGCUUCCCUUCUCACUAACAAUGAGUUCGGUAGCCUAGGGGCCUUGUCUACUUGACUACACUUGGAAUUGGAACGACCCCCGCCUUUUACUUUCAGUUUUAUUACUUUUAAAUUUCAGGUGCAACAGAUGGAAGAAUUUACAGUCCUGCUUGAAAAAUGUUAACAGACACAGAAAAAGCUCAUUGUAAAGAAAUCUUACAACUGUUAGACAGUAAAGAUUUAUUCUCAUUAUUGGAGACUGCUACAAACCGAACUAUUCAUGCUGGCACUUGUGCAGAAGCUAUUGAAGCUAUUGUAGCUUUUACUGACUCAGCAGAAAUUUUUUUGAAAAGGAAGAAGAUAAACAAAGAUCUUCUGCUUCGCUACACUCACAGAAAAAAGUUACCAUUUUCCUCAAGCUGGUCAAAGGAACAGGUCAUAAGUAAUCUUCUCAGUCACUGGGAGAAAGAAGCAGCAUCCAACAACAAGAAGAACUCCCCUGUGACAUCGCGAUGCUCUCGUCCAGAGAAAUCAGGUUAUCAAGCAACAAAAUCGUCUGCUCGUCCCAGCAAUGAUUCUCAUCAGAAAGCCACUUUUAGUGUGGUCCUGAGUGUGUCAUCAGCUUCCUCGAAUAUACACAGCAAUAUCAGGCAGGCAGACUCUGAAUCUCCACAAAGGUCUUGUCUGAUAGUGCCUAAGACUCUAGUUCAAAAUCAUAUUGUUAAUGUAAAUGUGAAUUAUAUCAGUCCCUCCAACGGCAGUGGUGCUGCCACUGCAGCAGCUCAUGAUGGGGAAUGUGCCACGGCUGUCAAGUUUGUGACUUGGUUCUAUAAUAUGUUAAAUUCUUUGAAUCCAUCAUUUCAUUUGGUGCCUCAAGAUUUUGGACCACAACAUUUCUGGGAUAACGCAGAGCUGCAUCUUCACAUGGCUAGAUUUGCAACUUCCCAGACAGAAGACCAUGCCGGGUGUGAGAGUGUAGCUAAGAGGCUCGCUGCAUUCACAAACACUGACAUGUUAUUGUUUCAUCCCAAUUUAAGUGGAGAUGGUGUCCAGAUCAAAUCUGAUCCUCAUGGUCUAAAGCUUAUUCUAGCCUGUGGAUCUUUGCACAGAAGUAACAGUUGCAUCGGCAUCUUUGUACAAAGUUUUGGCAUUGUGAAAGAUCCAAGAUUGCCUGAUGCAUGGAAGGUGAAAGUCUCUUAUCUUAAGAUGCAAGAAGGCUCAAUGCAAAAUUUGCCAAAGCUGCAGGACACGGAGGAUUGUGCAGCAAUAGAGGGUUUGACAGUGAAAGCCCUUGAAGGUGCUCUUUAGAUUAUUUUUGAGGGGGGAUUGAAUCAUUUGAGAAAAUGUUGCAGUGUCAGAAGUUGUUUGACUUAUAUUUUUUUUUUCCUGUGUGUCUAUAGAACUAUCCCAUGAUGCAGCAAGUAACUGUAGAAUGCAAAGUAAAACUAAAGUGUGUUUCCUAACUACAACAGUCCACUUAAACUUAAACCAGACAUGGUUAAUACAAAAAGAGGAGUAAACGGAAAGAAAACAAAUUCCCCAAUUUUUAUCAUUCUAUAUAUGACCAACCUCUCUAAAUUGAAAACACGGCUAAACCGAAGAAAAUCCAACAGUCCUGCAGUUUCUGGUUUUAGUGGACUCCAUUGCAGUUGACCACUUUGUCUUGAAAGACACGGAAUGUGUCAAAGGACUUGACGUCAUAGUGAUAAGAUGAAUGUAAUGUCACUUGUGAAGUAGAUGUGCUGCUGUCCAAUGUACUAAUAAUAAUAAUAGAUAGCAUUUGUAUAGCGCAUAUCCCUGCUCAACAGCAGGCUCUAUGCGCUUUACAC